UUGGGCACCGCCCACUUCGAGUGAAAGGCAAUAGGAAAGAAGAUUGAAUGAAACCUCCUCCCUCCUUUCUUCCCUCCUUCCAAACUCCGGCAUAACUGAAAGAAGCUGUGAGCCUUCUUGUGUUUGGGGUUCCGGACCAAGCCACCAUGUCUAAACCUGACUACUCUGGGCUGUUUCAUAUGGUGGAACAGGAGAACAUGGACGCCUACCUUGCAGCUUUAGACAUCAACUUUGCUCUGAGGAAGAUCGUGUGUCUGCUGAAGCCCACCAAGGAAAUCAGCCACGAUCCGGCCACGGGGACCAUGAAGAUCCGCACUCUCACCACCUUCAAGAACUUCAACAUGGACUUUGUCGUCGGGCAGGAGUUCACCGAAGACCUCGGCCCUGUAGACGGUCGCACGUGUCAGACCACCGUGAGCUGGGAAGGGGACAAGCUGGUUUGCGUACAACGAGGCGAGAAGGAAGGCCGAGGUUGGACACACUGGCUGGAAGGCGACAAGCUGCAUUUGGAGAUGAGAGUGGAAGGCGUCGUUGCCAAGCAAGUUUUCAAGAAGGCCGAUUGAAAACAUUGCGGUAAAAUGAUGGACUGUGAAUAUGUGAUGUCCUCUCUUAACUCUUUUAGUGUACGUAGGAAAUAGUCAAGGUACGUGUGCAUGUGUGUGUGUAUAUAAAUGAUAUAUAAUCGGAUGUUUGGGUGUGAUGUACCAGUUGAGUGACAGAGCGAAGGAAGUAGCGCAGCUGAAUGGAAGUGAAGCAUUUGGACAGUUUUCCCAAAGCCACCACAAUUGAUUUGAAAUAAAACCAUCAAAAUGUGA